GUCACAAUUUCUGUUGCUAGUCUCACACAGUAAAGAAGGUGACGCGCGUUCUCUAUGGGGGACCAAGCAUCGGCGUGCGCUGCAAUGUUAACACAUAGCUGAAAACCACUCUCUGCAGUUUAGGUUUAUGAUAAGCAAACAUCCGUUAUGGAUUUCAGCAAAUUGGUCCCCUUGUGGAUUGUAUGCUUAUGUAUCGUGGGAGAAAGCCGGACAGACAAACCAAGUCAAGCUAACACUGACUUCCAGCAUGUUGACAAUGGGGUGUCAGAACUCUGUCGUAUCGAUGAGCCGCUGUGCCAGGACGGGAACGCCAUCCUGAGCUUCGAGGCCAUCCGCAGCAUCCACAAGCAGAUGGACGACGACGCCAACGGGAACGUGGAUGUGGCAGAGACAGACGUGUUCCUCAGGGAAGACCUCAACUACCAUGACCCCAAAGGCAAGCACAACAGUUUCCAUGGUGAUGACCAGUUCAUAAGCGUGGAGGACCUUUGGAACGCAUGGAAGGGUUCAGCAGUGUACAACUGGACAGUGGAUGAGGUGGUGGUGUGGCUGAUCACCUAUGUGGAGCUGCCUCAGUACGUCGACGCCUUCCGCAAGUACCACUUCAACGGCAGUGCCAUGCCCCGGCUGGCCGUGAAGAACACCUCUCUCACUCUGUCAGUUCUGAAGAUACUGGAUCGUAGCCACGUCCAGAAGUUACAGCUCAAAUCUUUGGAUACCGUUCUGUUUGGUGCACCAUUGAUGAACAGACACCACCACCUGAAGGACUUCAUGCUGGUGGUAUCCAUAGUGAUUGGAGUAGGUGGCUGCUGGUUUGCCUACAUCCAGAACCGCUACUCGAAGGACCACAUGAAGAAGAUGAUGGGGGACCUGGAGGGUCUUCAGAGGGCCGAGCAGAGCCUGCACGACAUGCAACAGAAGCUGCAGAUAGCCCAGGAGGAGCACCGCACGGUGGAGGUGGAGAAGGUGAACCUGGAGCAGAAGCUGAGGGAUGAGAUCAACUCGGCCAAACAGGAGGCCCAGCGCCUCAAGGGGCUCCGCGAGGGCACCGAGAACGAGCUGAGCCGGCAGAAAUACGCAGAGGAAGAACUGGACCAGGUGCGCAUGGCUCUGAAGAAGGCGGAGAAGGAGCUGGAGUCGCGGAGCAGCUGGUCCCCACCAGAUGCCCUCCAGAAGUGGCUGCAGCUCACCCACGAGGUGGAGGUCCAGUACUACAACAUCAAGAAGCAGAACGCCGAGAAACAGCUGCUGGUGGCCAAGGAGGGGGCCGAGAAGAUCAAGAAGAAAAGGAACACCCUGUUUGGAACGUUCCACGUGGCACACAGCUCCUCCCUGGAUGACGUGGACCACAAAAUCCUGGCGGCAAAACAGGCGCUGGGGGAGGUGACGGCUGCUCUGAGGGAGAGGCUGCAUCGCUGGCAGCAGAUCGAGAUCCUGACGGGCUUCACCGUGGUCCACAACCCGGGGCUGCCCUCGCUGGCCUCCUCCCUGAACCUCGACCCCAGCUUCAUGGGGGGCCGGGCCACGCCCCAGCACUUCAUGAUGUCGGAGGACAUGGAGGACAUGGAUGAGGACAUGAUGACACCUGGAACUCUGCAAUACGCCUCCUGGCUGAUGGAACGUCGAGCCAGUGACCUCUGGUCCAUGGGGCCUGCCUGCCGGGUCAUGUGGAAACACUCCGCUCCCAGUAUGAUGUCCCUCCGUCAACGCCACAUGGACCCCCAGCUGGCUAUGGGCUCCCAGAGGUUGGUGGAGGGUUGUCUGUUGGGAGGGCACCAAGGGGAGGGUAGCCCUUACCCUUCCAGGUCUAGGACCUCCCAGUACCAGUCACCCAGCCAAUCAUAUGGACAGUUUGAGAACUUCUGUCUGCCCCCCCUCUCCUCGGCUGUCUCGCACCCCGCCAUAUUCUGCGCCUCCUCCACACCUCCUCAGUCCCUCUCCUCCCUCCUCUCCUGCUCCUCCUCCUGUCUGCCCAGCUCCCUGGGAAGCUCCCACUCCGCCCAUGUCCUCCCCUCCUCCUACUUCCAGCCCAUGGACACCAUCUCAGACUCUGCCUCUUCAGACCUCACCAGAGGGCGCUCCAGACUGAGUGGCAGCUUCGGGGAGCUCAAUCGCUCUGACUCCGACUCCUCCCUGUCUCUCUCCCUAAUGGGGGAGCGCCUGUCGGCCUACAGCACCAAGGGCCACCCGGUGAAGCCCACAUCCCUGCUUCACGGCCCCCCAGGCCGCUCAGACGACCCCCUGUCCCUGCAUGCCCUCACCCCCAACGGAGGGAAUCGCAUCCCCGAGGAAGAAUCCCCUGCAGACGCGGUCCCAGACAGCCCCAUCCUCAUGAAGAAGGUUUACAGCAUAGAGAAGUCAGCCAGCAUGGGAGAGAUCAACGUCAGUCUGUCCGAGUCCUCACGUUCCCUCAGCCCCAACUCCACUGACCCUGACACGCCCUCCCCAACGGGAGGCCAGGCUGGGGUAGUCGGGGGGUCCGGGGCCAAGGGCAGCAGCCGCAUCCCCCAGCUCUCCUCCAAGAAGAGCCCCCUGGAGGACGACAGCGGCUCCACGGGUGAAGAGACAGACUCCGCAGCCAGCCGUAAGAAACACACCUUCAAGAUCUUCAAAAAGCAAAAGAAAUAAUAAGGACUAUGAACUACUAAAGAGCUGCCGGAACUGUGUGACUGUACUCCCGUUUUGUUUUUGAAAGAGAAUUAUUGUUUUUUAUGUUGGUUUAUUUACUGGUCUCAAAUGAUUGGCACAAAUUGUUGCCUUUAUGUGGCGUUUUUAGAUGCUUCCUCAGAUGGACUGGGAAGAGUGAGAGAAACCAGUUAAUUACUAUUAUAUUUAGUUGGUCUAUGAAGAAAAUUUGGGGAACGGGUGGGUUGUUUAGUGGAAUGUAAAAAGCACUAUUUAUUCAGCAGGAAAAGGUGCCAAUCUCAAAGGGAAAUGUGACUCCAGGGUGGAUAAUUUGUUGUACUGUUAUUCAAUCUCUAGCAGUUUGCAUGUCUUCACUUUUGUUUGACUGAUACUCGAAUGCUCUUAGGUGUUUGCUUGGUUUUUGUCCUUUUUCUGUUCGCUCAAAGCUUAAUAAUAACUGCUGUUUAGUUUCAGUGAUUCCAACCAUCUCUGUUACAGUAUGUGUUUGUUUUAACUCGAAUAUUAUAGGUGGACAGGACAGUUUUACAACAUGCAGUAUUAGUCAAUGGUGAAGGGGGGGCUGAAAGGGCUGAACUUUACUUUAAACCUCCCUGAGUCAGUUGUUCUAAUAUGAAAUAUGUAGAAUCUACACUGGCAGAACACUGAGCUAGACAUCGGGCAACUACCCACACUCGGUUGCAAAUGUACACAUAAGUCUGUAUUCGAAACCCCAUUUAAGGCCACACAACCAGUGAUGAAUGAAAACUACAAUGCAAAAAAAUCACCUGACACAUGACAUAUCCUCAAUAGAUUCACCUGACAGAAAUUCUCCCUGAUAUUUUAAAUAUUUGUUUGUAUUUAAUGUAUAGCACUUACCAGACCUACUUGCAAUUUGUUAACUUUUUCAUAGCAGUCUGAUGAGUGAAUCAAUGUGGUCUCCAGGUGUGUAGCUCUCACGAUGUGCCAAUUAAAGCAAGCCAAAGAUUCAGACAAGACAGUCUUAUCUUCGAGGCUGCAGAAAUAACUCUUAUAGUUGGGUAUGCUAUUACUGUACCUGGAAGGCAGUUUUGGCAUCACUAGAACGACCUUAUCUCUAAUCCAUGACAGGGUACUGCAAGGUCUAAAAUAUUGGUUAACAGGGACACCAAUCAUCCAGACUUAUUUUUUAACUGACGUUUUCAAAGUGGUAGGCGAUUUGUAAUCCUCUUUAGGUAGACAAUAGGUUUGCCAUCGUCGUAAACUAUCACUGUUCAUCCGCACUCACAAACAAUACAAGCACAUACUAUUAUGUUUUUUAAAUUCGAUUUACAGAUCCUUAACACAUACUUGCUCUUUGUUGAGGGGUCUGUGAGAGCACAAAUGGGCUAGGGCCAGAUCCAUAACCAGACACGCUCCCCAAACAAGCAGCGCUGCAAACUUCAUAGACACGAUCUCCCCCUUAAGAGGACUCGGUUUGACAGUAUGGAUGUAAACAAAAUGUAAAUGUUUUCGCUCAUCCUGCAGUUGAAAAUAUGGAAUUCUAUUGGUACCUUAUAAAGAAGUAACAUUUGUACCUCUUGCACGUUGAAACUGUAAAUGGAUUCUGCUGUCAGUGUAUGUCUGUCUGUCCGCUCACAGUAUACUGCACUACGCUGAUGCAUGCAAACUACUGGAACACCUUUUGGAUCAGGGGAAGUGAUUGACAGGAGCAUUUUGUCGAUUGAACUCAUCUCUAUUUCUCAUUUUGAGCUACUAUUUAUGAAAACAUAUUUGUACAAAGAACUAAAUAAUUUUGCAUCUUCUGUGACGUUCUAAACUUUUAUGGCACUCCUGCAUGAUAGCAAUAAACUAUUUUGAAUGAAA